AUGUUGUUAAUUUUUAUAUUUCAAAUCGUAUUGUGUUCCAUUUCAGCCACCAGUUUUACUAUUCAUCAAGAAAAUAAUGCUUGUCCAAGUUUAAAGUACUACCCUGUCAAGGCCUUCAGUUCCCACUGUUACGUAAACCCUAACGUCCUUGCUUCAACUCCUGAAUCGAUCAAACUCAAUGGUUACAAAUAUGCGACUUACAAAGUGGUUUCAGAAGAUGGUUACACGUCUUUGAUGUUUCGAGUACUACCACAAGAUAACCAUGGUAGGAAAGGGCCACCCGUCGUUUUGGAACAUGGGAUACAGACUAACUCAGCAAUUUGGACUUACAGGGGAAAUAAAUCUCUAGCUUUUGUUUUAACCGAGGCCGGUUAUGACGUGUGGUUAGUAAACCAAAGGGACAGCGGCUAUACAACCCAUAAUAAGUACAAACCUUCAGAUUACAACUUCUGGGCCACCAGUAUGGACGACGUUGCGUCUAAAGGAGUACCCGCAAUUUUAAACACAAUCGCUACUGCAACUAACAAAUCCAGUUCUAUCAUCUACAUUGGACAUUCCAGAGGAUCCACUCUGGUUUUCAUGUACGCAUCCGAAAAUCCAGAAGAAGCCCAAAAAUUGCUUCGAGGUGUUGUCGCUCUGUCUCCUAUUGUGUAUCUUAAUCCCAAUUUGGUAGUCCGAGUUCUUUGCUACUUAGCACCUAUAAUUGGCAAAGUCUUAGAACUUUUGAGAAUUCCGGUACUAAAUUAUCCAGUUGGACUAACCAUAGGGUUUUAUCAAAUUCUAUGCACCAAUUUGCCAUACUUUUGUAAGUUAAUUCUUCUAUUGACUUCAGGUAGCGCAAAUCAGUUUCCACCGGGGGAUCUCUUAGCAGUUUUUUCCAAUUUUCCGAUUACGAUUUCAGUAAUGCAUAUUUUACAAUACGCCCAAAUAUACCGUUCCGGAAAAUUUCAAAAAUAUAAUUAUGGAAAAAAACAAAAUAUGCUGAAAUAUCAGCAAGAAGAACCUCCUUUGUACAAUCUCGGUAACUUUAAGCUUCCUAUUUAUAUGUAUUAUGGAGAGCGAGACAUUUUAAUCAAAAAAAAGAGCGUGGAAAGGGUUUUUAAAGAAGUUGGAAGCACCGAGAAGGAAUAUUUCAGUACACCUGUCGGAAUCGACGACAAGAAGUUGCAGUUUGGUCAUAAUGAUUUCGUUUGGUCUAUUUAUAUAGAAGAGUUAUUUUAUAAAGAUUUGCUGCGCACUCUGAGUAAGCUACAGCCUAAGUUUUCGCUGGAAUGA